ACUUCAUCCUCAUCGCGAUAGUCAUGUGACAGGUGGCUAAACGAGUGGGAAGGUUUGGGUGCCGCGAGGAACGGCGAAACGGGAACGGAGGCGACGAUGAGCAGGAGCUGCGUUGAAAGAGAGGAUGAGAAAUAGCAAUACGUAGGAUCAAAAACAGGUCGAGGGCAGGCGGAGCUGCAAAUAAUAAGAUUCUUGGCAAUGGCUUGGCAGGCAAUCUCUCGCUCACGCCACCUUGCCGACGACGGCCAAACGGUGACUGGCAACGAGCAUGCGGGAGACUAGAUCAUCCUCGCGCACUUAUCGCGGUCCACCACCAGACGCGCCGCUCGUGCCCCGCCAAGCCUCCGAUCCCGGGACAGCACGCUCGCCUGUCGACAGCCAGCCACCAUGCUCGUUCGAGACGCAUCCGACCAAGCACACCUCAACGUAGGGACUUGUAACUCACCUGCAGCCAUGCUUGCGACGUCCGCCAUCCGUCCUGACACCCACGAGCGGGGGCACGUCCAAAACAGGAAGGUGUCCAGGAAGGUCCCGAGGACGGCGAGCGUGCGCCGGUC